AUGGCUUCCACCUCGUCCAAAGUUGGCCAUGGGCUGGCAAAAGUCCUCCGCAUCAACCUCGAUGAGCGUCAAGCCAGUAAAGACUCGGUCACCCGCGGUGAAUCUACAUACUCGAUAAGCACCGCCGACACAUAUGUGGAAGAAGAACCGACGUCCCUGGAUUGGGUCAUGGAUCUACUUCCCAGCGGGCGAGACAUGGGCACUUAUGCUCGAAAUCUUUUCCCCUUCACAAGGUGGAUCGGCAGAUACAAUGUCCAGUGGCUGAUUGGAGAUCUCGUCGCCGGUAUCACUGUCGGCGCCGUCGUGGUGCCUCAGGGUAUGGCCUAUGCGAAACUCGCCGAACUUCCUGUUCAGUAUGGUCUCUACUCGUCUUUUAUGGGUGUUUUGAUAUACUGGUUCUUCGCCACCUCCAAGGAUAUCACGAUUGGUCCGGUCGCCGUCAUGUCGACCAUUGUUGGCAACAUUGUCAACAAGGUUGCCGAAGAACAUCCAGAUGUCCCUGGUCAUGUUGUCGCGUCCGCCCUUGCCAUCAUCUGUGGUGCCAUUGUCUGUUUCAUCGGCCUUAUUCGAUGUGGUUGGAUAGUCGACUUUAUUCCUUUGACUGCUAUUUCCGCCUUCAUGACCGGCUCCGCGUUGAAUAUCGCGGUCGGCCAGGUGCCUACGAUGAUGGGAAUCAAGGUCAAGGGCUUCAACACGAGAGCGUCCACCUACCUGGUCAUCAUCAACACCUUGAAAUACCUCGGACACACCAAGAUUGACGCCGCCAUGGGUCUCACUGCGCUUUUCCUACUCUAUCUCAUCCGCUUCACGUGCAACCAACUGGCGAAGCGCAACCCCGAUCGAGCCAAGAUGUUUUUCUUCAUUUCGACCCUUCGCACGGCUUUUGUCAUCCUCCUGUACACGCUCAUUAGCUGGCUGGUCAAUCGCCAUCACCGCGAUGAUCACGUCUUUCAGAUUCUCGGAAAGGUGCCUCGUGGUUUCAAGGACGCCAGAGUUCCCGAAAUCAACACGGAAAUCAUCAGCUAUUUCGCGAGCGAACUCCCCGCGUCGGUUAUUGUCCUUUUGAUCGAGCACAUCGCCAUCUCCAAGUCGUUCGGCCGAGUCAACAAUUAUACCAUUAACCCGUCGCAGGAGCUGGUUGCCAUUGGUGUCACCAACCUGCUGGGCCCCUUCUUGGGUGCAUAUCCUGCGACCGGUUCUUUCUCACGAACGGCCAUCAAAUCGAAAGCGGGCGUCCGAACGCCCUUCGCCGGUGUGAUCACUGCCGUCGUUGUUCUUCUGGCCAUCUACGCCUUGCCGGCAGUCUUCUACUACAUUCCCAACGCCUCGCUCUCGGGAGUCAUCAUCCACGCCGUGGGUGACUUGAUCACUCCCCCCAACACCGUCUACCAAUUUUGGCGCGUCUCGCCCAUCGAGGUCAUCAUUUUCUUCGCCGGUGUCCUCGUCACCGUCUUUUCUUCGAUCGAAAACGGCAUUUACACCACCAUCUCCGUCAGCGCCGCUGUGCUCUUGUUCCGCGUCGUCAAGGCCAACGGCCACUUUGUCGGCAAGGUCAAGGUCCACUCCGUGAUAGGCGACCAUCUGGUCGAGGACAAGUUCCACGACAACAAGCGCGUCUCCGAUGACGACCGGGCGGUGCGGGACAUCUUCCUCCCGCUCGACCACAACGACGGCUCGAACCCUUCUGUGCACGUCGAGGCCCCUUACCCGGGCGUCUUCGUGUACCGCUUCUCGGAAGGCUUCAACUACCCCAACGCCAACCACUACACCGACUACCUGGUCAAGUACAUCUUUGAGCACACGCGCCGCACGAACCCGCACUCCUGGCCGCGCCCCGGCGACCGACCCUGGAACAACCCGGGCCCGCGGCGCGGCAAGUCCGAAGAUGACCGCUCGCACCUCCCCACGCUCAGGGCCAUUGUCCUGGACAUGUCGUCGGUCAACAACGUCGACGUGACCAGCGUACAGAACCUGAUUGACGUUCGCAACCAACUCGACCGCUACACCACGCCCGAGACGGUGCAGUGGCACUUUGCCUGCAUCACCAACCGCUGGACGAAACGGGCCCUGGCGUCCGCCGGGUUCGGGUACCCCUCGGCGCCCACGGGUGAGGAGUACCACCGCUGGAAACCCAUCUUCAGCGUCGCCGAGAUCGGCGGGUCAGCCAGCGCCGCCGCGGCCGCCGAGGCGGAGAGCAACCGGCGCCUGUCGCGCAUGCACUCGUCCGACGAGGAACACGGACAUUUUGGCAAGGUUCAUUCCCGGACGAGCAGCGGUCACGGUGUCAAGUCCGCCGACGCCAUCGAAAAGGCCCGGUACAAGGAUGAUGACUUUGACAACACCAACAAAAGUUCUGGGUCCGGGUCGAACGGAUCGUCACCGCCUGAUCUGUCGAGAGAGAUCACCAACAGCAAGGCGUACUCGAGGGCGACUUCCAAACGCGUCGCCGUCGUGCACGGCCUGAACAGACCCUUUUUCCACAUCGACCUGACCAGUGCUCUACAGAGUGCCAUUGCCACGGUCGAACAUCAGAACAAUCUACGUCAGGCGGAAAACGAUGGUGAAGGUGUAUCGAAUGAUGAUAAAGAAUGA